UCUGAUGGGUGACGUUAAUCAGCUGGAGCUACUGUUCGAACAGAUGACAACUCUGACGUGAAAGUUACAUGUCAAUAUGUCAGGGUUUUAUGGAAUAACAGAACGUAGAGAGGUCAUUCGAGUGAAAAUAAAGAAACAUGAUGGUUUCAUGCAGCCAGAAUGCAAGAAGUUUUCCCUGGAUCCUCAGAUAACAUCAUUUGAGAUGUUACAGCACAUUGUAGCAAGUGCAUUCAGCAUAAAAGGGGACUUUACCUUGAGUUACCUGGCUAGAGAUGAUGAAGGACAAGAGAUCUACCUGAGUAUGUUAUCUGAUUGGGAUAUGGAUGCUGCCUUCCAGAGUGCCUCUGACCCAUGUCUGCAGAUUAAAGUGGACCUGAAACCUUUUGAUGAUGGUUUAGAUGACUGGGAUAUAAUUGGACCUGUAGAUUUUCCACAACAAAGGGCACAUGGCUAUCUAGAUGGCAGUUCUCUUCUAGGCACCUUGACCAGUCAAGUGGGUAAAACUGUUUCCAGGUCAAUGCAGAAAGUAAUGGGUUUUAAAGGUGAGGAAGAAUCCAAGUACAAACCAAGCAAGUCUCCAGUAACAGAUUUAGAAUUCAGAAAUUAUUUAGAUUCAUCGGGUCAUAUGGUAAAACCUGAAGAACUGAGACUGAGUAUUUAUCAAGGUGGAAUAGAAGCCUCUUUAAGAAGGGUUGUAUGGAGACAUCUUUUAAAUAUUUUUCCUGCUGGACUUUCUGGUAAAGAGAGAUUUGAUUACAUGAAAACUAAGGAAAAUGAAUACUACAAAUUACGAGAUCAUUGGAAAGAGCAUUUUAAAAAUGGUUCAUUAUCAGAGGAAAUAAAACAUGUAGCAACACUGGUAAAGAAAGAUGUUUUAAGAACUGACAGAACUCAUAAGUUUUAUUCCGGAAGUGAUGACAACAAAAAUCUCAUCACUUUAUUUCAUGUUUUAGUAACUUAUGCCGUAACACAUCCAGAGGUAUCAUACUGUCAAGGAAUGAGUGAUGUUGCUUCCCCUCUUCUUGUCAUACAAAAAGAUGAAGCUCAAGCUUAUUUAUGUUUCUGUGCAUUGAUGAAUAGAUUACGGACAAAUUUCUUGUUUAAUGGCAAUGCUAUUGAAACCAAAUUUCAGCACCUUCAAGAUUUGAUCAGAAUUCAUGACCCUGUUUUUUACGAUUAUCUUAAAAAUGUGAAUGCUUCAGACAUGUUUUUCUGUUACCGUUGGUUACUUUUAGAAUGUAAAAGAGAAUUUCCAUUUGAUGAUUCAAUGUAUAUGUUAGAAGUAAUGUGGAGCACAUUACCACCAAGUCCUCCUGAUCUUGAACUUGCACUAGCUGAUCCGGAUUAUCGUCCAGAUUUCCUGUCCAUGCCUCCAACUUCUCCCUCAUUUACAUCAAAACAAAACAUUUAUGCACAGUUAUUGGCUAGGCGUAUACAUAUUCACUCUAAAGUUAAGGACAUACCUAAUGGUAGUCAGAACUGUGUUGUUACCAGUGUAAAUAAUAAUUUGUCUGCGGAUGACAACUCACCAUUAGAGGACAAAAUGCUGUCUCAAGACUAUCCUUCAGUUAAUGAUGAACUAAUGACAAAAUCUAUCAUACUCAAGUCUUCUUCUAUAGACAAUUCUCUUAAAGAAACCUGUCCAAUUCAAGGGUAUAAAAGCAUGGAUAUAGAGAGAACUUAUUCUACUGUUGAAACUGUAACUGAAGAAGAUGAACAUAAUUCAGUAGGGAACACUGAUAAUUCUAUGGUUGGGGCAACAUCAUUGAACACAGAAAAUGAUAAAAGCAGUUUUUGUGUUGACCAUGCAAUUAAUGAAGAUUUUAAUCUGAAACGAAACAAUGAGUUUGAUGAAGAAGACUUAAAAGUUGAAAUAAAUAAUGAGACUGACGAUUGUGAUGAACAGAACAACAGUCAGGAUAGUAAUUGUGAGGAUGACAGUGCACAUGGACAGAGUCAGUUUUAUAUUUCUCUAGAAUCUAGUGAGGAACCUGAGGCACCCAAACCGACCCCUCCUCCAACUAAAGGAUCAUUUUUUGACAAUGUGAAAAAGAGAAUAAUGAUAUCACCAUUGAAAAAGCAGUCGGAUGCAGUCUCGAAAAGUUCUAAUUCAAAAACUGUUGCAGACAACAGGUCAAAUAGUGUUUCUUCAAAAGGAAGUGGAAGUGAAAAUAAUCAUUCCAAAAAUGACUUCAGUGAUUCACGGCAGGAUGACUCGGGUAUGAAUUCUGCUCUGUCUUCAAUUGAGGUAAUAACGAACGAUAAUCUGUUAGAAUUACCUCCCCCUGAAGAGUUUGGUAGUGGGAAUCCAUUCCUAAUGUUCAUUUGUUUAACUUUACUUCUACAACACCGUGAUGUAGUUAUACAGAACCAUUUAGAAUAUGAUGAGAUGGCCAUGUUGUUUGACAAAAUGGUACGAAAACAUGAUGUCCACAAAGUACUUCAUCAGGCCAGAAUCUUGUACGCUGAUUAUCUUCAAAGUCAGCAGCGAAAAAUACAAGAAAGUGUGUAAAUGCCUUAUGUGUUGUGCAAUAGCUGCAGUUGUACAAUUUAUGCAUAUAAAGUAAUUGUUUUUGCAAAAAUUUGGUGCUGACAUCAUCUUAAGUUUUUUAGCUUUAUCUGUGUAAUAAUUUUCAUCAUUUUGCAACCUUCAUUUUGUAUAUUGUUGAAAAAGUCUCCUCUGAGAACCGUCAACCAGUUUGCUUUAGUGAUUCUUAGAUCAUCUUUUUUUUAUCUUUUUCUUUUAAAUGAAACAAUUCCAGCAACAACUACUAAACUAAUCUUCUGUCUCUGAACUUUUUGUUCAAAAAUAUAUGUCAGUGUCACCUAACCCAUGGCCACUGCCCAAGCAAUAUCUGAAUACCAAUUGAAUGUCAAUGAACUUUGAAAGUAUGGCCAGAGUCCAAUGACACUUUGAAAGUAAGAUCAAAGUCAAAUGACACUUGUAAAGAUAUAUGAUCUCAUUAUACAUUGUAGAUAAUUCUUAUAAACCAAACAUUAACAGAUAUCUGAUCCUAGAAAUGAAACUAAACAACUGAAGUGUGAAAAUGAUAGACUGACAUAUACUCCUAAUAUAAAUAAACAAGCAUUACAAAUGAUGGCAACAUGUCAUGUAUAUUUAAAACAUGACAUGGUUAAAUCAUUUGCAAAGACCUAGUCCUGAAAACUUAACCUGAAGCAUGAAAAGAGGUCAAGACCAUAUAAUCAUUGUCAUAUUAAAUCCUAGCUGCCCUUUACCUAUUAAUUAAUUGUUGACUUCUUAUGCAAUUAUUUAGAAACAGACAAAUUAACCCAACUAAAACAACAUGAAAAUGAUUCCCAUGUCAGAGUGGGUCCAUAUAGAAACAUGGAAAUUGUUGACCCAGACUUGAAACAGCAAAUUUCUGUCUCGAAAUUCAUAAUAGUUUAAUUUUCAAGUAACAACUUCCCUAGCAAGUCCUUAAAAAGGAUAUUAGACAUUGGAGCAAACUCAGACUAAGUAUUACACAGAUCAUUUGUCAUUUUUCUUAUCUUUUUAAAUAGCUUACAUGUAACUUCAACAAAAUUAUGCCACCGGAUGUAAGGCAAGCAGCAAUCAAACAAACAUGCCACCACUGUUCAUAGUUUUACAUCGAAAAUAAUGGCUAUAUCUUUAUAUAGCUAGUUAUCUGAAAUCUAGGGAGUAAUAUAUUAAAUUAUGAAAAUUGUGACUUUCUCAACCAUGUCAGCAAUGCAAUUAGCUUUGAUAGGAGCAAAAAAGUAUAAUUAAUUUAGAAGAAUAAAAUGGCAGUGUUGUAAGCUCAUACAUAUAUAUUAAUAUUUACUAAAAUUAAUUUGUGCAUAUGUUAAUGAUAUAAUGUUUGAUUGACAAAAUUUGUGAGUAAAGUGUAUUUGUACAUGUCAACAUUUGAAAAGAUAAUGUAAAUUCACAAAUUUUCAAGAUGUAUAUUUACAGUAUAAUUAUUGUGAAAAAUAUGACAGGGUAAGCAACUCAUUAAUUGUAGAUUUUUAUACGACCGCAAAAAAAAUUUUGUGGUCGUAUAUUGGUAUGACGUUGGCGUCGUCGUCGUCCGAAGACACAUUGGUUUUCGCACUCUAACUUUAGUUAAAGUGAAUGGAUCUCUAUGAAAUUUUACCACAAGGUUCAAUACCACAAAAGUGAGGUUGGGAUGGAUUUUGGGGGUUAUGGUACCAACAGUAAAGGAAUUAGGGGCCAAAAAGGGACCAAAAAUAAGCAUUUUUGUAACUUCCAGACAUAACUUGUGUGUUAGUGUAUGGAUCUCUCUGACAUUGUACCACAAGGUUCCAUAUCACAAAAGGAAUGCUGGGAUUGAUUUUGGGGGUAAUUGCCUCCAAAUUUUAGGAGUUAGGGGCCAAAAAAGGGGCAAAAAACAAGCAUUUUUCUAGUUUCAUGACAAUAACUUGUGUGUAAGUGUAUGGAUCUUUAUGAAAUUGUACUACAAGGUUCCAUAUCACAAAGGGAAAGCUGGAAUUGAGUUUGGGGGUAAUUGCCGAAACGUGUAGGAAUUGGGGGCCAAAAAGGGGCCAAAAAUAAGCAUUUUUCUAGUUUCCAGACAAUAACUUGUGUUCAAGUGUAUGGAUCUCUCUGAAAUUGUACUGCAAGGUACCAUACCACAAAGGGAAGGCUGGGAUUGAUGAUGGGGUAAUUGCCUCAAUAUUUUAGGAAUUAGGGGCCAAAAAGGGGCAAAAAACAAGCAUUUUUCUAGUUUCAGGACAAUAACUUGUGUGUAAGUGUAUGGAUCUUUCUGAAAUUGUACUACAAGGUUCCAUAUCACAAGGGAAAGCUGGAAUUGAGUUUGGGGGUGAUUGCCCAAAACGUUUAGGAAUAAGGGGCCAAAAAGGGGCCAAAAAUAAACAUUUUCUUGUUUCCAGACAAUAACUUGUGUUCAAGUGUAUGGAUCUCUCUGAAAUUGUACUGCAAGGUACCAUACCACAAAGGGAAGGCUGGGAUUGAUUUUGGGGGUAAUUGCCUCAAAAUUUUAGGAAUUAGGGGCCCAAAAGGGGCAAAAAACAAGCAUUUUUCUAGUUUCAGGACAAUAACUUGUGUGUAAGUGUAUGGAUCUUUAUGAAAUUGUACUACAAGGUUCCAUAUCACAAAGGGAAAGCUGGGUUUGAGUUUAGGGGUAAUUGCCCUAAACGUUUAGGAAUUUGGGGCCAAAAAGGGGCAAAAAAACAAGCAUUUUUCUAGUUUCCAGACACUAACUUGUGUUCAAGUUUAUGGACCUCUCUGAAAUUGUACUGCAAGGUACCAUACCACAAAGGGAAGGCUGGGAUUGAGUUUGGGGUUGAUGAAUCAUAAGGGGGUUCAAAAAAUUUGGGGUGGAUUUUUUUUUCCUUUUUUUUCUUUAAAAUUUUAC